AGUUGGGAUGGUACCGAGUGCAAUUUGGAUUUCUCUUUUGCAGUGGGUUUCCAGGGUAGUCCCUUUUCAUUUCAUUUAACAAAAGGAUCCAUCAAAAUGGGUGCUGGGUUUUCGUCUUGUUCCCACACCACCGCUUUCUUUGCAGCCUCCACCACUCUUUUCCCUCACAAAUCAAAAUCAAACUUUUCUACCUUCAAUCCCCACUUUAAAUUAUUAUCCCAAACCCUUUAUUAUCCAAAACCCACCAAGAUCACCACGUCCCGUCCCUCAUCCUCAGCAUUAUCCCCUAUCAACAGUGGUGGCAGAGCUGAAGAGAUGAAAACCCAAGAGGAAAAAUCGACCCAACCCAUUUCUGAUCUGCACAACAUUGACCCGGAAUUAAUUCAGAGACUGGCUUAUGAUGCUCUGGUUUGGAGUUCAAUUCAUGGGCUUCUUGUUGGAGACAAAAGCGAACCGAGAUCAGGAAAAGUUCCUGGUGUGGGUUUGGUUCAUGCCCCAAUCGCCUUAUUGCCCAUGUCAUUCCCAGAAAGUCAUUGGAAGCAAGCCUGUGAGGUGUCCCCAAUUUUCAAUGAACUUAUUGAUCGUGUGAGUUUGGAUGGUGAAUUUUUACAGGACUCACUUUCCAGAACAAAAAUGGUGGAUGCUUUUACUUCCAGACUCAUGGAUAUUCAUUCCCAGAUGCUAGAAAAUGGCAAGCGAGAGGAAAUACGCUUGGGUUUACAUCGCUCUGAUUAUAUGCUUGAUGAACAAACUAAGUUACUUCUCCAGAUUGAGAUCAACACAAUUUCAGCUUCAUUUCCUGGUCUCGGUUCUCUUGUCAGUGAGCUUCACAGGAGCUUAUUAAAUCAGUACAAGGAGCAGCUUGGGUUAGAUUCCAGAAGGAUUCCUAGAAAUGCUGCUGUGAAUGGAUUUGCAGAAGCAUUGGCUAAAGCUUGGGAGGAAUACAGUAAUCCAAGGGCUGUAGUUAUGUUUGUGGUUCAAACUGAGGAACGCAAUAUGUAUGACCAACAUUGGCUUUCUACAGUACUGAAGGAAAGAUAUGAUGUUACAACUAUUCGGAAAACAUUGGCAGAGAUUGAUGAGCAAGGGGUGCUUCAACCAGAUGGAACUCUUCUCGUCGGCGAUCAAGCAAUUGGAGUCAUCUAUUUCAGAGCUGGGUAUGCUCCAACUGACUAUCCUUCAGAAUCAGAGUGGAGGGCUAGGCUUUUAAUGGAGCAGUCCUCUGCCAUCAAGUGCCCUUCAAUUUCUUACCAUUUAGCUGGCACCAAGAAGAUACAACAAGAGCUUGCAAAGCCCAAUGUUCUUGAGAGAUUUCUUGAGAACAAAGAUGACAUUGCCAAAAUACAAAAAUGCUUUGCGGGAUUGUGGAGUCUAGAUGACUCUGAUAUUGUCAAAGACGCAAUUGAAAGACCUGAAUUUUAUGUCAUGAAACCACAAAGAGAAGGCGGAGGGAACAAUAUCUAUGGAGAUGAUGUGAGGAAAAGUUUACUGAGAUUGCAAGAGGAGGGGACUGAAGAGAAUGCGGCCUACAUCCUUAUGCAAAGGAUUUUCCCUACUAUUGCUCCCACAUAUUUGAUGCGUGAUGGCAUUUGUCAUAAAGAUCAUGCUAUGUCAGAACUUGGUAUAUAUGGUGCUUAUCUAAGAAACAAAGAAAAUGUGAUUAUGAAUGAGCAAUGUGGUUACUUGAUGCGGACGAAGGUUUCUUCAUCGAAUGAGGGAGGUGUUGCAGCUGGAUUUGCAGUUUUGGACAGUGUAUACUUGAAUUGAUGGAUUUGUUUCCUGAAAGUAGCUCCUAGUAGUCUAACCAUGAGCAUCAUCUCACUAGGCCAAGAUCCAAUGGGGGAUUGAACCUGCCAAUAUGAUUCCGUCAUUUGUAUUUCGAACUCUCCCUUUUUUACUCUUUCUAUUAAUACAGGUUGCUUCUCUUUUUCUCCCGGCAAA